CUGAAGUCUGAAAGGAAAUAAAAAUUGCAGACUGAUCAGCAAGUGUAGUGGGUCCAGCAUCUCUGAAAGUAAGAAGUUACCAGCCUUGUUCUGAACUUCUCAACACGAGCAGCAGUGGCUCAGAGCUGUGUGUGGGUACAGGUUUGCCAUUGCUGCUGCAGUGCUGAGAGGCAGCAUCUGUUGCUUACUGCCCUUUGGUCUGUGUUUCCAUGUUCUGGAGUUUUCCUUUAUAUAGGGGAUGUGCUGUCGAUUAAAACCACUAUGGAUUGGAGCUGAAGGUGUGUCUCAUUUGGGAAUGAGACUGUCCAGGGACUCUUUUUUGUCCCUCCCUCUGAAUAUUUAAGAGUAGUUCUAAAGGUGAAUUGUGUUUGAGCUGAGGAAACAGCUGUGCAUACCUGAUCCUGCUGACCCUGGCCAUGGUGUUGUGUUUACAAAGCUUGAAUGCAGCACCCCUGCAGUAACACAGCAUUUAAAGGCAGAUGAGUAGGAGGAAAGCUGGGUUGCUGCAAUUACAGCUGUAUUUUUUACUUUUUAUUCUGUAUUUAUCUCAGAUAGGCUGACAGUCAAGUGACAAUGUCUGUGUGGUUGCCAGCUGAUAUGAUCUUAAGAACUACUGAACUUAAACAGAGCCCUAAAAAUACAGGCCCUGUCUUGCAAACACUUGGGAAUUCAGCAAUGAAAUUACCGGAUACACUCUCACAUCCCUAAAACUUUGAAUAUACAGGGAGUGGGAAAUAAAUGAAGGAAUGUACCUAUGUUACUGAGAGCUGGCAAAGAUCUGUGCAGCAGCAUCUGUCUUAUAGUUGUUUGGGCAGUAAAGACUCAAACUGCUUGGAGGCCUUUUCUUUUUAGGCACCAGGGUCAUUUCAUCUCACCUUUUGUUGAGAAUGAGGUAGAAAUACAUUUUAAGUCUUUGAGGAUAUAAAUCCUAAUGUUCAAACUUCAUUUUCCCCCUCUCUUUUUCUCAAGGUACUGCAACUGCUUUAUGCAGAACUUUGAGUUGGAGCACUCAUUCUUGAAGAUUUCUCAUUGUUUUUCUGCAACUCAGAAAGCAGAAAAUGCGUUUUUUCUUCAGUUGUUAAAUUCUUAUAAUUGUUUAUCAUCAAAGUGUAAAUCAAAUACUGCUCAUCACUCUGGGCUGAAUUGGCACUAAUGAAAUUUCAACAGGAGAUGAUGGUCAAUUAAUGAGAUGUUGAGAACAGUAAGUUUUGGUUUCAAAGUUGGUACUUUAUUAUUGACCUCUAGUAUAGGUGUCUAAAAUAUUUGUUCUCUCCUGGGCUUGGAUCAACUGCAGGGACAAAUUCUCCUUUUAAGUCAGUUGUACAAUGAAACUUCUAUGAGUGUGUAUAGACUUGGAUCAAUAGUCUUGAAAUGUAAUUUUUUAUUUCUGCGUAAACUAGAGACUGUAAUGAGAAUUAAUAAUUGUCUUCCUUUAUCUACCCAGAUGUUUGCUCAGCUGUUGUGGAAAGCGUCUUCACUUAAGCAGAUGCUGUGAUAAAUGACCUGUGAAAUGGAUGUGAUACACAGAUUUUUUUUUUUUUAAUUAGUUAUGAGGAAACAAUGUUAAAAAACCCCACAACUCCAAAAAAUCAGGCCAACAUAGAAUUAUUUUCAGUUUGGAUAUAAGGCCAAGCAAGUAGUCUUAUACAAACCCAAGUAUGAAAACCUGAUCCCACGAGAAGACUCCUAAAUCCCCAGCAUCCCUUCUUGGGGUGUUUGCAUACAGAGGGUUGCAGUAAGACAUUGACUUGCUUUAUUUAGUUUGCUCUGAGCACAGAGGGUGUCUCUUGCAGUAGUCCACGGCCAGUCAGGUGGCUCAGUUGCUGUUGAACUCGAUGGAACACGCGGUGAGUAAAUGGAAUUGCAUGCCACACUUCGGGCGCGGGGCAGGAGGACGCGGCUCUGCUGGCUCCUGAGAACCUCGGAGCUGCCUGGGGAGUGGGAUGGUCUGGCAUGUGUGCAAAUGGCAUCAGUGUCAGCUGUGUGCCACACUGGACACAGGCAGGUAAAUUCUGUGCCUGGGGGCCCCUGAGGGUUGCAGGAUGGUGUUUAGUCAGGGAUUGAACCUUGCUUCAAAGUUACUUCGAGGUAGUUACAAAAUUACUGGGCUGUUUGCUGUCAUAUGGGGGUCAAACAGUGGACCCUACAAACAGCAAAAUUCCAUCCUUUCCCUGGUUUUAACUUCUAUUUCUGCAAGUAAUGGCAUUUGAGCACAGUUGAUGGCCAUGUCCAGAGUCCUGUGGGUGCCUUACCUCCUCCACUGGGGCUUUCCCUUUGCUUGCAAGUGGUGAAUACAGGUGGGCAGGUCCCAUGUGCUUGGAAAGUCCUCUCAAGCUUGAGCAUCUUUCCUUCUGUGAAAUGGAAAGAGGUGUUGUUCUUUUUCUAGCAUUCAGUACUGUUGUCUUCUGCAGCCUGUAGGCAUGAAAGACUGAUGAAACAGGUAAUUUCUUUACAGAAUGUUUUUGACAUUAGAUUUCAGUUGUCUUGAAGCAGACUGAGAGGAAGAGGCUCAGCAUAGGCUGGAUUAUGAUAACUUUGUGCUGCUGAAGGUCAGGUUUCUGUUGAUCCUUGUUCAUGUAUGAUGUCAGAAAUCUUUAAAAAUCAGGAGGGGUGGCAGGAAGGGAAACCUUUUUUGCAGACCAGCAUGUUGAAAAUCAAGGCGACUGUUCCUGUGAUGAUGAGAACAGAUCUUCAGCUGGUACAUGGAGGGCUGCUUUCCUCUAGAAGCUCUUAAAGACAUUCAGACCAUGUGUCAUGUCCAGCCACAAUUACAUGUCACUGUGAGACCAGAAGACUGACCUUACUGGCUUGGCUUUCACAAUAAUUUCUACAGAGCUGACUUAAUUCAUGGUUUAAAAAUUACUUGUAAAUACAUAACCCUGGGGUUUGGAUUUUGGUGGAGGUUAUUUUGUUUGCUUUGUUUUCUACUGGUGUUUUUAUCAACAGUAGCUUGGCACUCUUAAAAUGGCUUAAACCGAACCAGGGAGUAGUGGCCUGCAAGUACUAAAGAUCUGUUUCUUCUGUGUUAGAAUAGUACGUGGUGCAUGAUGUUACUCAGCUUCAAAGCUGUACAGAAUGCCAGUGGUGGUGUGCCAGCAGAUAGUCUCCAAGAUAACAGCAGCACAGUGACGUGAGGGGAAGCUGCCAGUUGUGCUGAUGGAGAGUGUACACUGGCCUGGUCACAUGGUUCCAUGACACAUGUGUGUGUGUGUAUAUAUGUGAGAUGCCUGGGGACUCUGCUCAGACUGCGCUGAACUUCCCUCUCCACAGCCACUCAUCAUUUCAGAGAAGUCACCUGCCAUCAUGAUGCCUGGGGGCUUAUCUGACACCAAGCCAGCCACUCCAGAGGUUCAGCAGCUUGUUAACCAGGUGAAGCAAGAGUUUGAAAUCCAGACAAACAUGAAUUGUGCUGUCUUUACAGCCAUAGUAUAUAGGACUCAAGUGGUUGCCGGGACAAUGUUCUUUAUUAAGGUCCAAGUUUCCAAUGGCGAAUAUGUCCACUUAAAGGUGUUCCAGAGUCUUCCUCAUGAGAACCAAGGUCCCAGCCUCGUCAGUUUUCAGACUGGCAAAACCAGAGAUGACCCUCUGACCUAUUUCUAAGACAAAAUGUGUUGCAGUGCCUCACCUCUGCAAAUCCUAUGGAGAUUACUGCCUAUGACAGUAAAAUAAAAUAAGUUUGGAAAGCUA